AUGACAGUCGAAGAACUCAUUAAGGUUCAUAAACCUGAUAUUUUGUGUCUCCUUGAGAUUAAAGCAGAUGAAACUAUGGUGAAAAGUUUGGCUAAACGUUUACGUUUCACAGAUGUUUUUACAGUGCCCUCUCAUAGUAUGGCGGGAGGUAUCGCUCUUUUUUGGAAUUCUUCUAGCAUUAAUAUUGACGUUUUAUCGUAUUCUGAGCAAGUUGUUCACACGAUGAUUGAGAUCAAUUCAGUGAGUCAGAUUUUUUCCUUUGUGUAUGUGAGGCCGAAUAGUUUGUAUAAAGAGAAUUUUUGGACUGAUUUGGUUGCUUUCUCUAGUAAUAUUUCUUCGCCUUGGAGUGUGGUAGGCGACUUUAAUGAUUUUGCUGCUGUUAGUGAGAGGUGGGGUGGAGCAACUACGGCAGCGAAUUGUUUAAACAUGAUUUUGAAGUUUAGAUCUUAUUGGGAAGCUUGUAACCUGUUUGAUGCAGGGUCUUCAGGCUGUCGGUUUACCUGGAUUAAGAGAGUUGGGGGUCGUAUAGUGUUACAAGAGAAACUGGAUCGUGCUUUAUGGAAUUCGGAGGCUUUGUUGGUUAAUCCGAAUGCAAAAAUUAUAGUUCUUCCUUGCUUGUGUUCGGAUCAUCAUCCUUUGUUGUUGGAUUUUGACUGUGUUAGGCCGACGGGAGGUAGUAAUAAGCCUUUUCGUUUUGAAGCUGCCUGGUUAACUCAUUCAGAUUUCACCGGUAUGUUCUCCUCGGCAUGGGGAAGAGGUGGUGGUAAUUUAUUGAAUUCAAUUGAGGAAGUAACGAAAGAGUGUAAGGUUCGGAUACAACAAGUUUUUGGUAGCAUUCAUAAGAAGAAAAGAAUUCUUUUGGCUAGAAUUAGGGGUAUUCAGAAUUGUGAUUAUUAUGCGGACUCUGAUUUCCUCCAUCAGUUGGAUAUUUGUCUUCGUGAGGAGUACCACCAGGUGCUACGACAAGAGGAACUUUUGUGGCUGCAGAAGUCGAGCCAGAAGAAGAAUUUUCCUUUUCAAAAGGUAUAUGAUGAGUUUGCUUUGAAGUUGUCAGCGAAAGAGAAAUUAGCAGUAUCAGCAGAGCUACAGUUAGAUGAAGUCAAACUAGCAGUGUUCUCAAUGAAAGGGUUAAAAUCUCCAGGUGUAGAUGGCAUUCAACCAAUUUUUUACCAAUGUAAUUGGGAAAUUUUGAAGAAUACCCUUUUCCAGUUUGUUAACUCGGCAUUAGCAACUGGUAAGGUUGAUUUAAAAAUGCCGGGGGCUCACAUGGUUUUGAUUCCAAAGGUGCCAAAUCCAACUUCAGUGAAAGAAUUUCGACCUAUCACUCUUUUGAACACAUCUUAUAAGAUUUUGUCUAAAGUCUUGGUGAAUAGGUUGCGACCUGUGUUACAAAGAAUUAUUGGACCCUUUCAGAAUAGCUUCCUUGCUGGCCGUAGCACCACAGAUAAUAUUUUAAUCACACAGGAAGUUGUUCACUCACUAAUGGGUUGUAAGGGUCGAUCAAGAGGGAUGAUUUUGAAGAUUGAUCUACAAAAGGCCUACGACAAUGUUUCAUGGCGUUUUGUCAGUGAGGAAAUGCUUGUGGAUUUGGAAGCUACCAGUGCCGGAAAGAGUAAGGUUUUUUAUUUGGUUGUUGUUUUUCAAUUGCCUGAAUACUCGGGAAGUUUUGAACAGGAAAGGUUUAUGGAGUUGUGUUUACCGUCGCUUUGGGGUUCAAUUGGAGGGAAUCGAUUCUUUUCAGGAUUGGCUACAGCUCAAUUCGACGAAGGUGCGAAAGCCAUCAUGGGCUAUGCCAUUCAGCUUGCUUCAGAUUCUUUUGCGGCUUUUAGUAAUCUGUUAGGAGAUGUUACAAGAGAAGGGAGAUUGAUAACCUGGCAACCUCCACCUAAUGGCACUUGUAUUUUGAAUACAGAUGGCUCCCGUUGCUUUGAUGAUGGGCAUGCUUCUGCUGGUGGAUUGAUUCGUAACUCGGAGGGGAGAUGGAUGUUUGGUUUCUUAUUGAAUACUGGUAGGACAGGAAGUUUGGAAGCUGAGCUUUGGGGUAUUCGACAAGGUAUUAUUAUGGCAAAGAACCGUGGGAUACAACGCUUAAUCAUUGAAUUUGAUGCUCAAGUUGUGGUUCAGUUCUUACGCAGUACAGUGUUAGCAUCACAUCCUUGCUAUACUCUGAUUAGAGACUGUUUGGAGCUCAUUAAUAGUGAUUGGAUUGUGGAUAUUAGGCACAUCUGUCGGGAGGGCAAUCGUUGUGCAGAUCAUUUGGCAGACUUGGCGCACUCGGCACCGAAUGGAGUCAGUUUACUUGAAGAUCCCCCGGAUUCGACUACCUCUCUUUUGGAGGAUGAUCGAGCGGGUAGAGGAGUAUUAAGGCUUUAG